GUCCCGUAAUAUCCGAUUGAUUGGAGCGAGAUAAAUCCCAAUUACCCCUCUCCGUAAAUACUUUGUACUCUACCAAAUAAAAAGGCAGUCUACGACUUUUCCUUUUUAGGCCGUGCUUGCGUCCUUCAGAGUUCAGACUCAGGAGGGUCCAGAGCUUCCGUCGUCCCCCAGGAAGAGCGAGGAGCAGGAAUUCACCGCUCUCGCCACCAAACCGGCGAUUCGGUGGCCGAUCAAGGUGUUCGUGGAGGAGGAUCAUACAAGUCGAUUGAUCGGACGCUGGGAAGAUGUUGACCAGAAGACCGCAGCAAGGAUGCAGCAGCGCUCUUCUGCUCGCGUUCCUCCUCGUCGCCAACGCGUCAGGCACCUUCUCUGAAGAGCAAGAAGCUGAGGGGAGCAAGAGGCGGUCGCUGGCGACGGGGCAGUUCUGCGUGGCAAAGCAGGGCGCGGACCCGACGGCGCUGCAGACUGGGCUCAACUACGCGUGCGGCCCCGGCCACGCCGACUGCGGCCCGAUCCAGCCCGGCGGCAAGUGCUACAAGGCCAACGACCUGCCGGGGCUCGCCUCCUACGCCUACAACGACUACUACCAGCGCAACGCCGCCUCCGGCGCCAGCUGCAACUUCAGCGGCACCGCCAUGACCACCCAAAACGACCCCAGCUCGGGGCAGUGCGUCUUCGCGGGAAGCUCCAUGUCGGGAGGCUCCAACGGCACGACGCCGGCGGCGAGCGCCCCUACCAGCCUCUUCCCGCCGUCGACCUUCACGCCGGGCUUCGGAGGGGGCCCCACCAGCUCCUUGACCCCUCUGGGGGACGACGCGGACAGCGUCAUGGCCGGCGCUCGCCGGGCGCUCUGCGUGCUGCUGCUCCUGCUGCCGCUCUUCUUCUUCUGAUCCAUGCCUCCGCUCCACUGUAAAUUCUACUCCAUGGCAUGGCAUUCGUUGCAUUUUACUACUAGAGAAUAUUACUAUCAGGUUACAUGGGAGGGAGGAGCUCUAGACUCUAGAGUGUUAUCAUCUUUACAUGUUUUUGUUCUUCACAAGUGAACCAUCAUUGGGUGUACAUGUCAGGUCGGAUCUUCUAUAAACCAAACUAUAUUAUAUACUAUAAAGGAUGUUUUUUGUCAA